AUGUUACAUAAUAGGAAAUUUUUAAAGAGAUCAGUGAUGCGAAGAACGGCAAUAGUGAAAUAUAGUUUACGCCUAUCUGUAUAUUUAGUAAUACUAACAAUAUUCGGUGUUGUUGUUUGUUCAUCAAAUAAUGUUUUUUCGGAUAUUAAUCUAGGAAUGAACAACCCAGAAAGCAGUUCAUAUGAAGGGGGGUUCCGACUGAGAACACAUUAUAUUAUAAUGGUCAAGCAGGUCGUGCAAAUAAUUAUGUGGAUGAUUAUUUGA